CCCAAACUUUGCAUCUGUUGUUACAUCAGACCAGAUCACUCAUACAUGAACAUUUUUUCUUUGGAAGUAGAGAGGAAGCAGCACACAGCAGAUCACUCUCAUUUAUACGUUCUACACUGAGAAGAUCAAGAUGUGGCCCCUAUUCGGCGUUGUCUGCCUGUAUAAUUUUAUUGGCAGCAAUAUUAUUAAUGGGCAGACAUGUUCUUGUCUGGAUCCUGGGCCACCUGGUCUUGAUGGGCCACCUGGUCUUGAUGGGCCUCCUGGUCUUGAUGGGCUAUCUGGUGGUCCAAGUGGCCCACGUGGCCCACCUGGUUUCCCUGGGGCACCUGGGGAACCUGGUGCUGGUCCUCCUGGUCAAAAAGGAAGUGUGGGUCCUAAAGGAGAUCGUGGACCAGAUGGAGGACCUGAAGUUUGCCAGGAUUGUGAUGACUACACAACCUUAACAGAGAGAUUUUCUAAGUUCUUGCUGGCUAUAAACUACGACUUUGUCCGGACAGUUGGUCAGAAAUUAUUUGUGUCCUACAAGGAGAGAGAUUUUUUCUCCACUGCCGUCGAGUUCUGCACACAACAAGGCAUGGAGCUGGCUUUGCCCCAGAACGAGGAGGAGAACAGCAAACUGACUCAGAUCUUUGGGGACAUUUACAAAGAAGCCUGGAUCAACGUCAACAAUAACAAAGCGAAGGGGAAUUUUCAAACCGAUAUGAAGAACCAAGCUCUGACCUUUACCAAGUGGGGGAAUGGGCAGCCAGACAAAUCCAUCCAGGGUACCGGCUGCACAAGGUUGACAGAAAAUGGCUUCUGGGAAGUGACAACUGAAUGCACCAACAAUGGUUACAUAAUUUGUCAGUUAUAAAAUGUAAAUGAAAAAAAUAUGUAUUCGCUCAUGCUUAUAUCCAACACAAAUAAAUAAAUAUUCACCUUAAAGGUA